GCAGAGGAACAUUAAUCAAUCAUGAGGCAACUGUUGCUGGUAUGUGUGGUGGCCGCCAUCGCCUCACCGUCGCUUCCUACUAGCUACAACUAUUACCACCCGGCGGAGUAUAGCGUAAGGAGCCUGCACAGCCCAAUUAGCAACUUUCCCUUGGUCACCUUCCAGAAUUCAUGAGCGUCUCCUCCUACAAAGUGUUCGACGGCACCGAUCUUACCCGCGAUGAGCUGAUGACCAUCAUCGGCAGCGGCUUCGUCCCGCUCAUAAAGAUUUCUUUGCACCCGAUGCACACUUCCGGAAUGAAGGAGUACAAAGACGUGAGCAUGGCCAUGGUGGAGGCCUCCCGUCAGGUGCUGGAGUCCCGCGUCCAACACGGCCUGCAUGUGGACCCACAACGCUUCGUUAAUCUUGACAACGUGGAGAGGCGACUGCCCGCCGUGCUCGACGCCAUGGCUGAUGUCUUCGACGGAAAAACAAACCCACAAUACUCUCUAACAAACCUCUUCAAGGUCUAUGACCAGACCCAGAUUCAGGUAGAGGGUGUUGAUGGCCAUAAGCAGAGUGGAUUUCCAAGGUGAUGAUUCUUCCAUAGCAGCCAAUCUGGAGGACGCUUCGAAAGUUUUCCUCGAUGCCCUCAGAAAGAUUCUAGAGGACCGCGUGGAGAGCGGCAGGCAGGUGACUGACUCAUGACCGAUACCAGAGUCUGGAGAGAGCAGAGAAGCUGAUGCCAUCCCUCAUGCUGGCCUUAUAGGGCAUUGCUAAUGACCCGCAGGUCGUUGAAUUCUUGAAGGCGCUUCACCUUGACACCACAGAGAAAGCCAGACAGCUUUUCCUUUGCUUCUUCGCUUCCAUGGAGGCGCUGUUCAUGGAUCCCAGCGCCACUCUGGGGACCAUCAUGCGUGACGUUGUGCUGGCAUACAUCCCCUCAGCCCGCCAGGUGUUCCAGGACCGCAUCGCGGUUUCUCUUCUCAUGAAAAACAAAAAAAUAUAUACUGUUUUCUUUCAGAACAAAUAUUUGCUUCUAGGUAAGCGUUUCAAGAAAUAGGGAUUGUCUUUUAACAAAAGAAAAGAAAUAAACAUUAACAAAAUUUUGUAGAGAUGUUCAAAUGCAUCAUUCACGAUUUUGUUUUUCUUAUUAUAUCGACUUGUCUUUAACAUUCCGUUGUCAAAGU